CCAGAGCUUCCGCAUUGAAGAUCUGCUGAACACUGAACUUCAGGACACUGCGCCAAGGAAUGCAGUCUGGACCGGUGUGUGUAGGGUGGGAACACAAACUCAGAACCGAAAGAGAAAGUAGAAGUGAUCCAGUCAUGUCCUAGUCCACCUUUUUAAAUGAUAAGCAGUGUCCGAACCGAGCUGAAAGGAGUUCCUCACACUUCCUAAUCGUGUCGAAAACUGCACGACUAGUGAGCGGCUGUAUUUGAAGAGAAGAGAAUGAAGAGAAGAGACGGUAUGGAUUCGAACAGAUCCUCAUCUACCCAUAAAACGGAUAAGAAAAGAUCCAUUAAGAGAGUGAGGAGAAGUCCCACACGAUUCACUCGGCCAUUUUCUCGAGGGAGAUAUCAGUGUGCCCGCUUCUAUUACAGGCCCAGAGAAGACUACUUUUCCCAGCGGUCCAGUUUUAGCUUGAGGUUCCACAGGUUCCAGAGAGCCUCUGAUCUUCGCCCUUCAUCUAGAUCUCGGAGCCCAACUUUGGUGCUGAGACGCAUAAAAGUGCAUUCAUCAAGCAAGGACGUGGAAAAGAGAUCUGAUAAGAGCACUUCAACCCCAGCACAGGAAAAAAAAGCAUUGAACACACCAGAACGUUCCCGAUCAUCUUCAGUCGCUUCUGAGAGGCAUACCCUAUCAUUUACAGUCAAUCAGGAAGAGCAGCUCAGUGGUGGCAGGGAGUCUCUGUCCUCUGUAACACGUGCAGCUGCCAGAAGUCGAGCCAUCCAGAGAAAGAGAGAGGAGAUAGAGGAGGUUUAUCGGCAAGACUGCGACACAUUUGGCGUGGUGGUAAAAAUGCUUGUGGCGAAAGACCCGUCACUGGAGAGACCCAUCCAAACUUCGCUGAGGGAGAACCUGCGUGAGAUCGGCCUGCGCUGUGUUGAAGCCAUGGAGCAGUUUAUCCAAGAGUAUGACUCAAAAGAGCCUGGCACAUCAUCCCAGUCUCAGAAUCACUGACACACACACACACACACACAGACCUGAAUCUCCUGACGUAAAUUUUGGACAAUGCCGACAACCUCAGGCAGUAACCACAGAAGAAAAAAAUGACCAACUACAUCCACGAUAUAGUUUUUCACUGGCAAUGCAUUCAUGAAGGAAGGUCUGAGACUUUAGGCACAGCACAGGAUAAUGACUUUGUAAAGCAGUGCCAGUGGAAUAGUGCAUUCUUCAGUCCUGUCUACAUGAAGGGAGAAACUCAAUACCCACACACAUAGUUGUGUAAGAAUCACAGGUACUCGAUGUGGUAAAUACUGCAGUAGCAUUUCAGCUGUUCUCUCCAAUGCUAGUGUGAUAAUGCCAUAGCUUUAGGACAAAUCUGUGUUAAAGAAGAUCUGCUUCUUCCCAAACAAAUCAGAAUAAGCCUCCUGUAUAAGGUGUUGUAAAAGCAAAAAUGGCUCUGAUUUAACUACUAUUUUUAGAUUUAUGUUCAUAUCACCACUAAAUAUUAAAAUAUGUGUCAUGAAACAGCUGGUAAAAUGCCUCAAUAAAACAUUUCUGCAUGAUUUUAUUCUUGAGCCAACUCAAUUGCUUUUGCACCCUCAGGCAACCAUGGUAAAUUACAGAAAAUGUCCAGAUAAAGAUGAGGCUUAAAGGCAGCUGUAUGUGCUGUUUUAUUUAUUUUCCUCAGUCGUUCUUAAAGAAUUUUAAAAAUCUCUUAACCCUGUUUUAUACAAAGCUGGAUACACUGGGUUAUAUGUUUAUUUUCUGUCAUAGUGAAAAUAGUUUCUUCCUCCUAAAGACUUCAUUACUUCCUAGUUAUUUACAGUGGUCCUCCAUGGUAUGAAGUUCUCUUCGAAAAGAAAUCUUGUUGUGAAAGGUAGAUGUUUUCAGGACUCCAUAUGAAAUGUAUAUAACCUGUAGUAAGUAAUCUAUCUGUUUUGCUGUCUCUCUGUCAGUCUACUGGACCAGGCUAUAGGCUUUGGUGACUUGAAUAUACUCACUUGCUUUUAAUGAUCGUAACCUUUUUUUUUUUUAAGGUAAUACAGAUUAUUUCAAACGAUCAAGUGCCAAUAUCAUGUACUUAUUGAAAAUCAAUGGUGAAUACUUGAAAUGCAUGCAGAAAAGGUACAAGAAGUUGACUGUAAAAACACGUAGAUGAGGUUGCACAGUUAAUAUUGCCAUUUCACUACAUUUUCAGUGAAGCUUUUCACCUAUCAAUGUUCUCAUUUCUGUCUAAAUAAAGAUUAAGAAGCUUGUAUGUGUACAAUGCAGUUCUUAUGCUUUGGGUCUGAGCACUCAGAUUUUACCGUGAAGACAAAAUUAGUGGUUACAGGUGGUAUACAAACCACUUAUAUUGAAUGUUAUAUUUCUACAGUUCACAUUCAGUAUGUUUACAUGCAUGCUAAUAUUCCACUAUUAUUCCGAAUAUUACAAUGUUCGGAAUUUGAUAUGGGCCGUGUAAACAGCAUAAACAGCAUAUUCUGUUUGGAUAUUCCGAAUUUGGCCUUAUUCCAAAUUUAUCAUUUUCCAAAUAAGAUAUACGGGGUAUGCCGAUAUCUCAAUUGGGGUUUUUAUGUCAAUUUGUGGCACAUGGCAUAUUGCUUGUUUAUAGUUAGCUCUGUGCAUUGUACACAAACGAACUAAACAAUCAGAGUAUGCAUGGCUGCACACUCUGGGUGGCACAGUGGUGUAGUGGUUAGCACUGUCGCCUCACAGCAAGAAGGUUCUGGGUCUGGGUUCGAGCCCAGCAGCUGACAAAGGUCUUUCUGUAUAGAGUUUGCAUGUUCUCCCCAUGUCUGCAUGUGUUUCCUCUGGGUGCUCCAGUUUCCCCCACAGUUCAAAGACAUGCAGUUAAGUUAACAUAGGGUGGCCUUAGGCUGAGGUGCCCUUGAGCAAGGCACCUUACCCCCAACUGCUCCUCGGGCGCUGUUAGCAUGGCUGCCCACUGCUCUGGGCAUAUGUGUGUUCACUGCUUCAGAUAGGUUAAAUGCAGAGAGGAAUUUCAUAACUAUGUGUGAUGAAUAAAGUUGUUGUUCUUCCUCUUCUGCAUGCUAACGGGAAUCCAUCCAUUUUCCAUAACCGCUUAUCCUGUGCAUGGCUGCGGGUAAGCUGGAGCCUAUCCCAGCUGACUAUGGGCGAGAAGCGGGGCACACCUUGGACAAGUUGCCAGAUCAUUGCAGGGCUGACACAUAGAGACAAACAACCAUUCACACUCACAUUCACACCUACGGUCAAUUUAGAGCCACCAAUUAGCCUAACCUGCAUGUCUUUGGACUGUGGGGCAAACCGGCGCACCCAGAGGAAACCCACACAGACACGAGGAGAACAUGCAAACUCCACACAGAAAGGGCUAACAGGAAUAUUAGUGGAAUAUUAAUUUCCAUUUGCCAUGUAACCAACUUUAGUAGGAACAUUGCCUUUUUUGGAAUAAGGGUAGAAACUGGAAUAUUUUGUGCAGGUAAAGUCGUGAUUGACGUGUUUUAAAAAUAAAAAUUUCUCUGAGUGUCUUGUCCUUUGGCCAUGGUUAACAAAGUCAAAUUAGUCCAAAUUUGCACUGAAAUAAUCAUAUGGAGCUGUGCCAUUUGCUCACGUUUGACAGACAAGUCUUUUAUCAGACUUGGGAACCUUUCAUCACACAUUUUUUCUAAGAUCAUUGCCCUUGACUCAAUCUUUAUUUUAUUUUAUUAUGUAAUAUUUUUUUCAUCCUCUCUAGUCCCUUAGGUGGUAGUUGGUGACAGGUGACAGAUGGGUUGAGGGUGGACAAGGGUAGGUUUUAUGGGUGGGUUGAGAGUGGGCAGGGGAUUGCUGGGAUGUAAAAUAUGUACAUGUAUUUCAUUGAACUGCUGUUCUGCAAUUUGUCUUUUUCUCUUUCCUGUGAAAAAUUAAAUAAACAGAGCAUUCCCAUGUGCACUAAAAAUGA